AUGGUGGAUCCAAGACUGGCAAUACCGUUGCAUGACUUCUUGAAUAAGCCCCAAAAACCUACGUUUGCAAUAUCUCCUUCGAUUUGGGACCAACAGCUUAACACCUCUAUCCCAUUGUUAGGCGAUCAAAUUGAUCUUGACAACUCGACCGAGGCUAAAGACGACGGCGAUGUUGAAAUGAUCGGCUUGUGUAGCUCUCAUGCCGCAGGCAUAAAAACAUCUUCCCGUGCAUUAAGCAACUCCUCGAUCCCAUCCCUUACUUCCUCUAGUUUGUCACAGUCGUCUCAUCAAACGAAAAAGCAAGCUCGCAAGCCAAAGAUCAAAAAGCGGCAGCAGCAACUAAAUCAAGACCUAGUCAGGGACGUAUCACGUACCAAACGCAAGCAAUAUCUUGAACGGAAUCGGAUAGCUGUAUCUAAAUAUCGCCAGAAGAAGAAGGAUUGGACGCAUGAGCUUGAAGAGACCAACAGAUCAAUGAUGAGGCUAGAAAGUUUGUACAACAGCCGACGGGUGGCUCUAUUAAUGGGCUGGGAGAUCAUACCUUUAGAUAUAAUCCCUCUGGAAUUCUUUCCUUCUAUUACAAUAGAUACUCUGAAUCCACUAAUUAAUACCACCCUAUCUACUGACAUAAAUGAUAAUAGUCUCCCCUGCGACGUUUGUAUCCUACCCACCCAGACAACCAACAAUCUCCAGUUGAACCAGGGAAUUUGGCCGCAGGAGCCAAGCCCCCGUAACCCAUCAGUAGAGCAAGCCAAUAUAAAUAUACUUCAGGAAGGGCCCAAGCCGACUGUAUCAAAGAUACAGAGGAAGGAUCUAGGCAAAGAUGAAGAGAUUAACGAGUAUUAG